AUGAGAUUAAGAGUUGGAUGUCAGGAAACAGAUUUGAAAGAAAUAAAGGAAUUUGAAGAAUGGAUUUUAAAGCUUGGUGAUGGUCUGCUUGGUGAAGAGAAUGAUGGUGAGGUAGAUAUUGAAAUUCCAGAUGAUUUACUUAUUCAUGACCAAGUCAAUCCUAUUUCUUCUCUCAUUUCAUUUACAUAUCCGGACAUGAAUAAGUUUUUUUGGGAUUUAACGUAUUUCCAUCAAAGAGCGAUUCUUGCUCCAACUAAUGAAGUAGUGGACUCAAUAAAUAAAGAGUUGUUAGAGAGUCUGCCUGGUGAAGAGAAGAUUUAUUUUAGUUCAGAUAGUUUAUGUCAAUCUGAGGAAGAAUCAGAGCUUAACAUGGCAUUGUUCCUUCUUGAUGUGUUAAACAAUCUUCGUUUGUCUGGUUUACCUAACCAUAAAUUAGUAUUGAAACUUGGUGCUCCAGUGAUGUUACUCAGAAAUAUUGAUAAGGCAAAUGGAUUGUGUAACGGUACACGUUUACAAGUAACAAAACUCAGAAAAGUUGUGGUUGAAGCCAAAAUUAUCACAGGGACUAAUAUAGGUCACCAUACUUUGAUUUCAAUACUGAAGAUGGCACCUUCUGAUAAAAGAAUAGCAGCGAAUAUUUCUCAAAGACAAUUCCCACUUUCACUGUGUUUUGCUAUGACAAUAAAUAAAAGUCAAGGACAAUCAUUGGAGCGUGUUGGUUUGUAUCUUCCACGUCCAGUGUUUAGUCAUGGCCAACUCUAUGUUGCUGUAUCUAGGGUAAAAAAGCAGGAAGGGGUUGAAACUUUUGAUUUGUGA